AGACCGUCUCCGCAUGGCGCUCGUCGAGAUGCAGGCAGUCCGCGAGGCUUUUCAGCAGACGGUGGGCGAGUCCAUCACCUGCACGGAGCUCGCCACCGUGCUGAAGAGCUGCGGGGUGGACGACGCCUCGGUGCAGUACCUGCUGCGCCAAGCCAGCAGCGUGGCCACCGAUGAGGUGCUCCGCACGAGCCUGUUCUUCGACCAGAUCUUCUCGAAGCCCCAGCGGACACUGUCUCUCGCCCAUUCCGUGGUGGAGAGGGGUGGACUUGAGGCCUGGAACGAGCAACAGGAUCUCAGGGAGCUGAAAAGCAUGCUGGUCGGCAUGUGCAAAGCCACCACAGUGGAGGAAGCGCUGAAGGAAGUCAGCGCGCUGAUGUCCUUGGGGCAUGACCUGUGGACUUAUGCCUACAUGCGGAAGCUGUAUGAUAGGAACCCCCGGCUGUACUUUGCCACCAUUUCCGCGCAGCCCUCGAAGCUCCUCCCAGCAGUGUACACGCCCACAGUUGGCGAGGCCUGCCAGAAGUUUGGCAAGAUGCCCCUGUACAGCCGAGGCUGCUACUUGCGGAUCUCGGAUCGAGGAAACUUCAAGGCAGUCUUGCGCGAGUAUGCGGAGGCUGAGCUGGAGAAGGAUGGCUCGGGCAAGCCCCUGUGCGACUGCAUCGUCUUCUCUGAUGGGGGCCGGAUCCUUGGCUUGGGCGACCUGGGCGCCUGGGGGAUGGGGAUUCCAAUCGGCAAGCUGGACCUCUACACGGUGUGUGCGGGCUUCAACCCCGCUCGCACCAUACCGCUGAUCAUUGACGCGGGUUGCUCGGGGUGUGAGGGGAACACGGAUCACCUGGUGAUCCGGGACCAUCCCCUCUACACCGGCACAAAGCAGGGCCGGGUCACCCACAAGUCCCCGGCGGGCACAGUUGUGAACUCGGCCUACUAUGGGGAAGGGAACGUCAUUCAGGAGUUCAUGGAAGCGGCCACGGACCUCUUCGGGCCGCGGUGCCUGCUUCAGUUUGAGGACUUCAACUCCAACGACGCCUUCCCUCUGCUCGCGGAGUUCCGGGACAAGUUCGUCACCUACAACGACGACAUCCAGGGCACAGCUGCAGUGGCGCUCGCUGCACUGCUGGGCGCCAUGCGACUGCGGGAUCCCAGGUGCCCUUCCAUGCGGGGAAGCCUCACCCAGCAGAAGUUCCUCUUCCACGGGGCGGGCUCCGCCAACAUUGGGCUGAUGCGGCUGCUGAACGAGGAGGCCGGUGUCCCUCUGAGCUCGAUCUUCGUCACCAACUCCCGGGGCCUGAUCUGGCGUUCGGCCGACGGGGCCAGCGGCAGCUUCCGCAACGAGGAGCAGAAGGCCUUCGCCCAGGUGGGUGAGCCCACCUUCGACUCCAAGAACUUGGUGACGUUGGUGGAGCACGUGCAGCCGACCUGCGUGGUUGGUGCCGUCGGGGUGGCGCCCAAUUGCUUCACCCAACCCAUGGUGGAGGCGCUGAUGAAGGUGACGGAUCGGCCGGUGGUGUUUGCGCUCUCCAAUCCCAAGAGCCAGGCAGAACUCACAGCUGGCGAUGCCUACUCCUGGUCGCAGGGCAAAGUCAUCUACGGCUCGGGCACGUGGUUUGCACCGGUGGAGAUCAAUGGUAAGACCUUUGCACCAGGGCAGGUGAACAACGUCUACAUCUUCCCGGGGAUGUCCUUUGGCGCCGUUUGCUGCCAGAGCGCUUCCAUCCCCGAGCGCCUCUUCCUGGCCGCCGCCGAGGCAGUGGCCGCCAGUCUGGACGACAGCGAGAUGGCCUUGGACAUGGUGGUGCCCAAGCGCGACCGCAUCCAGGAGGUGAGCUUGAAUGUGGCCACGGCCGUGGCCCUGGAAGCUCAGAAGCUGGGGCUCGCGGGAAAGACUUUGGGCGCGGACUGGGCGUCUGUGAGGAAGGCCUUGGAGGCCAUGAGGUGGACUCCGUGACUUCCGGGGAAGUCAAACGCCGGAAACCCUCCGGGUGUCAUUUUGGAAGGUGGAUUCCGGUAAUUGAUGCUCGAACCAAACUGAGUGGAUCUCAUCCUUUUCCAACCAGCUGGACGCAACGGGACACCUGAGACGGCCUGAGAACAUGGGCCGAAGAAUCUGCAAGUAGUGCAUUUUUGGUUGUUGCUUGGUUGCGCUUGUUGACCCAGGAUUGAUACAUG